UGGUGAUGAAGGCAAAUACAAUCAAUCAAUUUGUAGCAUUGAUGAUCCCCAAUUGGAUUCUAAGAAUGACUAGAAAUUGCCAACCUAACAAGAAAAGAUAAAAACAAUAAUAAACAAAAAGAAGGAGAACGGCUUUAAUAAAAAUGAUAUGUUGCUCCCUGAUGAAACAUAUGAGGAUUACAAACAACGUUUAAACUCAUUGGACUCAGCGGUCGCAAACAUAAGUCAUAAUUCAUCCCUGUCCACUGAAUAUAACAACAAUAGCAACAAUAAUUUGAAAAGUAUUAGCAAAAGACCAAAGGAAUCGCAGAUCAAAUCCAAGUAUCGAAGCAGCAAAGGUAGUUGUGCCAGUUGCGCAGGUGCCGCUGAUGGCGACAGUAGUAACAUUGCUCUUCGAAAAAUUGAUGAAUUUUUUAAUAAUAUUCCCGAUCUCGAGACUGAUAAGUUCCCAUAUUUAUUAUUCACUGAACAUUUAAAGCAAGACGACAUUGUCAAAAACGAAAACAGUGAAAAUGUCAACAGUAAAUGCAAUAUGGUGGUCUGCUGUGCUGCGAAGCAAAAAUCGAAAUUUACUAUUAUUCCAUUGGCUGAAGAUCCUACAUUCAUACGUACCUGUGAAAAGUAUAUACAACAUUAUAAAUUACGACCCGAUUUCUUUUGCCAAUAUUACAAAGCAAUCAGCAACUCAAAUACUUCGUCAUCGGAAAAACAUUCUAAGACGAAAAGCUCGUCUAAUCAAAAAUGCUCUUUGCCAUCCGUCCCAACUAUCAACGUCGCCGAUGAAAGCGUGCAACGUUUCGCUCAACGAACUGCUAUUUAUACGUUGCCGUUGGGGAAGCGUAAAAUAAAAUAUGCAAACGAUUUCCCUACUCUCAAGACAGACGCCUCCUCAUCAAAUGAGGCUGUGCAUCUACAGCAACGUCUCAAGAGUCUCAGCACUGAAUUAGUCACAUUACGAAAUCGUUUGCAUGUGGGUCAGGGUCAAAAUGCAAUUGCCACUGCAACGACACCAACAGCCAAUGGAAGUACAAAUAUAACAUUUCAGCAACAAUCGCAGCCCCAACAGGGCUCCCUAGAAGCGGGCUUGGAAUUGAAUACAUCUAAUUCCAAUCUUAAUAGUACGACUAAUAGCAAUCAUCAUAAUAAUAAUAAUAAUAGCAACAACAACAACAACAACAACAAUAAUAAUAAUAAUAAUAAUAAUAACAACAACACCAACAGCAAUAAUAAUUUACAUAAUAAUAACUUAAAUAAUUUUAAUGGAAAUGGCAAUAAUCCAGCACAGCCGCAAAAAGCGCACCCUGGCUUAAUAUUUUCUACAAUAAACAACUAUAACCACAAUAGCAGCAUUAAUAACAAAAAUAAUAAUAAUAAUAAUAAUACUAGCAACACAUCUAAUUGUAGUAAUAAUGUUAAUUUAACAUCACCUCCGAUAGCAGCGAUUACCGUAACAACAGCCACUAACACUGUCGCCCAUCAACAAACCUCGUCGUCUAUUAUUAACAACAAAAAUUCGCACAUAUUCAAUCACACAUUGCCACAUAAUACGAGCAUUGUUUCUUCCGGCAUUGCCUCAUCAAGAAAUACCUCUAUUCCACAUCCAUUGCCCCAUCAAAUCAAUGAAAAAGGUAUCGUGUCCUCGUCUGCUCACAACUUUCUUGAUUCCGUUGUGAUGCCAACUCUACCUGCAUCGACUGUUAAUGUUUUUUCAAACACUGUCAAUACGCUCCCAAUACGGCCGUCAGCACAGACACAUAUACAAAAUCAGCCGUUACCCUUUAUACCUCUUCAAAAACAUUUGAACCCCUGCCAUGGCAUCAGCACGCUGCCCAUGGGAUAUCCUAAUUCAAAUUUCAACGGGGCUCAGAUCGCAAUGCAUAAUAGCAAUGCUAAUAAUCAUAACAGCAGCGGUCUUAUGAGCCCAUAUGCCAAUCAAGCGAAAAAUAUAUCGCAUAGCCAACAACAACAGCAGCAAAGACAACUGAUCAAACGGCCUCAUGAACUGGAAGAUCUAAUACACUUAUCUGGGCCGUUAACAGAAGACGCUGUAAUGAGAACCUUACAGGCCAGAUUCAAUGACAAUUGUUACUUUACGAAUGUCGGGCCGAUACUGCUGUCCAUUAACCCGUAUUUGGAUGUAGGCAACCCCCUAACUCUUUCUUCAACACGUUCUUUACCGUUGGCUUUACAGCUUCGCAAAAUUGUGCAAGAAGCUGUACGACAACAGGCGGAAACAGGUUAUCCUCAAGCUAUUAUACUAUCCGGCACAUCAGGAGCGGGAAAAACUCAUUGCUCUAUGUUAUUGUUGCGUCAAUUAUUUGCUGUCGCUGGGGGAGGACCCGAAACAGACGCUUUCAAGCAUUUAGCUGCCGCCUUCACGGUAUUACGAUCGUUGGGCUCGGCAAAGACUACCUCAAACUCUGAAUCCAGUCGUAUUGGCCAGUUUAUUGAGGUCCAGGUUACAGAUGGUGCUUUAUAUCGCACAAAAAUUCAUUGUUACUUUUUGGAUCAGACGCGCGUUAUACGACCGCUGCAUAAAGAAAAAAACUACCACAUUUUCUAUCAAAUGCUGGCAGGAUUAAAUCGCGAAGAACGCAUAAAAUUGAAUUUAGAAGGAUAUUCGCCGACUAACUUACGUUAUUUGCAGUAUGGUGACAUAAAUCAAAAUGAGCAGGACGAUGCUUCGCGCUUUCAAGCCUGGAAGACGUGUUUGGGUAUUUUAGGCAUACCGUUCUUGGAUGUGGUACGAGUGCUGGCGGCCGUUUUGCUUUUGGGAAAUGUGCAAUUCGUUGAUGGACAGAACCUCGAAGUUGAUGUGAAGGGGGAAUCUGAAUUAAAUGCAGUUGCCAGUUUGUUGGGAGUACCGCCGGCAGCACUUUGCCGCGGGCUGACGACGCGUACCCAUAAUGCGCGCGGUCAACUUAUUAAAUCUGUUUGUGAUGCGAACAUGUCCAAUAUGACACGAGAUUGCUUGGCAAAGGCUUUGUAUUGUCGCACUGUCGCCACUAUCGUUCGGCGGGCAAAUAGUCUAAAACGUCUCGGUUCCACUCUUGGUACUUUAAGUUCAGAUUCCAAUGAAUCGGUACAUAAUCAGGCCGAUAUUAAUUCCCAGCAUGCCUCCACAAUAGGUGGAAAUUCCGGUUCUAAAUCGAUGGCUGCUCUCAACAAUGCCGUCCGUCACGCAACAGAUGGUUUUAUAGGCAUACUAGACAUGUUUGGUUUCGAGCAACCCACGCCACAUGCUCAACUAGAACAUCUAUGCAUUAAUUUAUGUGCGGAGACAAUGCAGCACUUUUACAAUACACAUAUAUUUAAAAGUUCAGUUGAAUCUUGCCGCGACGAAGGCAUAAUUUGUGACACAGAAGUUGACUAUGGGCAGGGUCAUAUGGACAAUGUACCUUGUAUUGAUUUGAUUUCUUCAUUGCGUACCGGUUUACUUAGUAUGCUGGAUGCUGAGUGCUCAGUGCGAGGAACCGCCGAAAGUUAUGUCGUGAAAAUUAAAGUGCAACACAGAAAUUCACCGCGUCUAGAGAGCAAACAUACGGGUGAACCGCAUGAUCCUCGUAUGUUUACAAUACGUCAUUUUGCCGGACGUGUAGAAUACGAUGCCACUGAUUUUCUUGAUACUAAUCGCGACGUGGUGCCCGAUGAUUUAGUAGCCGUAUUUUAUAAGCAUACCUGUAAUUUUGGAUUUGCUACUCAUCUAUUUGGUUCCGAAUUAAAGGCCUUGUUUGCUCUGCAAAGUGUACCUAGAGGUCUAAGUUUUCGUAUUGCACCCACCUCCCAUUCGGAUUUAUUGAAUGGUGAUGAACCGGUGUCCACGCUUACUCAAGAUUUCCACACACGCCUGGAUAAUCUCCUUCGCACUCUGGUGCAUGCGCGUCCACAUUUUAUACGUUGCAUACGGAGCAAUUCCUCUGAGGGAGCUGGUUGCUUCGAACGUAUGUGUGUGGUCAGACAGAUACGGUCGCUGCAAGUAUUGGAAACUGUUAAUCUAAUGGCUUCUGGUUUUCCCCAUCGCAUGCGAUUUAAACAGUUCAAUGCCCGUUAUCGCAUGCUGGCUCCAUUCUGCUUGGUAAGGCGCAGCGAAGAUAAAAUGGAAGAGUGUUGCAAUAUGAUACUGCAGUACGCUAUGGAGAAUCCACCUGUUGUGGAGGGGUCUGUCACUUUAGCCUGGGCUCCUGGCAAACGUCACGUGUUCUUAAGCGAAGGCAUACGUCAGCAUUUAGAACACUUAAGAACGGAAAUUCGCAACAAGAGUGCCACUCUAAUACAAGCUUCGUGGCGAGGCUGGCAAUGGCGAAAGAAGAUGGGUGCCGUUAAACAUCAACGAUCACGGGUUCAUAACAACGGAUUGCUGGUACUACCCACGGCAAUUAAGCUUACCAAGAACCACGGCAGCGGUAACAAUCCCAGUCACAAUGGCAUUCAACUUUCAACAACAGCAACAUCAACUGGUUUGGGGGCGCCAUCGGCAACAUCGACAUCUGGACAGCGCUUAUCAACGAAAACCACUAACCAAAACGCUGUCACAAGGCCAAGACCGCAACCAAUUGCUGGCACUCCGCCCCCGGAUCCAAAUGAGAAAUGCGAUGCGAAAAUAAUACAACAAACGUGCACGCUAUUUGGAUUGGACUUGGAAAGACCGCCACCCGUGCCGCCGUCACGCAAUUACACAAUUGUUGGGAAUUCUAAAUUGAAUUUUCCACAGAAUCGCGUUAUGAAAAUGACUUUCCCAGAAGAUACUCUAUCUAAUUUACCACCCGAGCAAUUGAAGAAAGGCGAAACUGUUACUGUGGUUGGAGCCUCUUCUUGUCGCGGUCACUUAAUUGUCGAGCAUAAAGGACAAAACUAUCACGUACCGUAUCAGUUUAUGGAAUUGAUCCGAGGGCAAAACAUCAAUCUAAACAAUGCAGGCAACAACAACAACAAAAGUACCAACAACAGUAAUUUGCCAAAUAAGAGCAACAGUAACAAUAACAUCCCGAAUCUUUCCAACAGUGGUGGUAAUGGGACAACAAAUGCCGCUGUUAAAAUAUAGGAGAAGAAGAGAAAAGCAUGGGGAAGCCGCGAAAGUAGCUUAAGAGUUUUUUUUACUAAAGUAUUUAAUAUAUAGGUAGAAGACUGUAAAUAAUUUACUAAUAAACAUAAUGCAAAUGCAUUAAAAGCCAACGUAGAAAAUAAGCAUAUGUGUGCUUAAUGAAAUAGUAUUACUUUUCAGUGAUAAGUUCUGUGUGAGAAAAUAAAUUGAAAACUCACCAUUUACAAAAAAGUAUUAUUCACAUUAUUGCUUAUUAGUUUACCACUUACUUACACGCACAUACAUACACGUAGAUGUGCUUUAGAUUUUUUACGAAAUUCACUAAAGUGCCAAUUAAUAAUUAAUAACCAAGAGAAAUGUCUUACAUAUAAUUAAGAUCCCGACUAGCCGUGAUUGUACGGAAACUUUCUUUUAAAAGUUUGUUCGAUAGUUGCGAAAUUUUAUUCGUUGUAUAUAUUCAUAAAUUUUUCAUUAUAAAUGUUUAUAAUUUUUGAAAAAAAUAACACAGCUGACAGCUAAUGUUGUAUUUGAUUUGCAUUUUGCAUUUUGUACUUCUGAGUACAGUUACGGUAAUAUUGGAAUUUGCCAGCUUAAGGUAACUGUGCAUUCUUAGCGUGAAUGUAUGAGACCAAGUAUACACAAAGUUUAAUGUUAGCUAUGAAAAGACUACACUUGUGUUCAAUAUUUUACAUCAAGUUCUUCCAUAUUAGAGACUUCUUAGAUAUUACGUUAAUUAAUUAUCUUAAUUUAUUGCACAAAUUCAAACCUAUUGAGUUUAUCUCUUUAAGAAUAUCCCACGAAAUUUGCUGUAUAUACACACAUUUUGAAAUUAUAUCUUAUCACAUAAAAAGUUUGACUUU